AUGGGUCUUUCUUCCUUAACUAUUUCCUUGAACCUAGCUCAAAACCAUUUCACUGGUCCGCUUCCUUCAGAAGUUGGAGAAUUGCAGAAUCUUGGUUACUUAGAUGUUUCUGAGAAUGAUCUUUCGGGUGAAAUUCCCAGCAGCCUAGGCCAUUGUCUAAGAUUGGAACACCUUCACAUGGAAAAUAACUUCUUUGAAGGAACAAGUCCUCCAUCUUUUAGUUCCUUGAGUGGGCUUCAGGAUUUGGAUCUUUCACACAACAACUUGUCUGGCCAAAUCCCAGAAUUCCUUCAGCAAAUUUCCUUCAUGAAUUUGAAUCUUUCCUUCAACCAGUUGGAGGGUCCAGUGCCAAAAAGAGGGGAUUGGUUGACCACCCACGUCAAGCCAAUGAGCGCAGUCGGAAUUGUGAGGUCACCAACUUUGUCAGAGAAAUGGAUUCCAAAAACUCUCAAAGCUGCUUCUUUUUAUGGAAAUGAGACUGAUAGGCUUGCCUUGCUUGCCAUCAAAGCUCAGAUAACUCAUGACCCUUUUGGGAUAAUGAAUUCAUGGAAUGAUUCUCUCCAUUUCUGCAAAUGGGUUGGUGUCACUUGUCGACGUCACCAACGAGUCACCAACUUGAACUUGAGCUGUCAUGGCUUGGUGGGUUCACUUUCUGCCCACGUUGGGAUUCUCACUUUCCUUAAAGGACUCAAUUUUGAGCUCAACCACUUCCAUGGUGAAAUCCCACAGCAAAUUGGCCGUCUAUGGAGGCUCAAAUACUUGAACCUCACAAAUAACUCGUUUUCUGGUGAAAUACCAGUCAAUCUCUCUGCAUGUUCUAACCUCAUUUUUCUUCGUUUGGGCUUCAAUAACUUCAUUGGAAGCAUUCCAUAUCAGCUUGGGUUAUUGCAGAACCUUCAGAGAGUUCAACUUCACUAUAGCAACCUCACUGGACCAGUACCAGAAUCUUUAGGCAACCUCUCUUCAGCAAGAUCUCUGUCCCUGGCAGUGAACAAUUUGGAAGUGCCUCCUUCAGUUUACAAUAUUUCAUCCAUGAUGAAGCUUGCUAUUCCUUAUAAUCAGCUACAUGGGAGUUUGCCUUCAGACAUAGCUUUCACUCUUCCUAAUUUACAAGUCCUGAGUGUUGGUCACUGUCUCUUCAGUGGAGUCCUACCAGCAUCAUUGUCCAAUGCAACAAACCUCAUCGAAUUGGAUGUAAAUGGAAGCACUUUCUUCGGAAAAGUUGCGAUUGAUUUUGCGGGCACACCUGGUUUCUGGUGGCUGGUUCUUGCUUCCAACUCCCUUGGGACAGGAAAAGGUGAUGAUCUUAACUUUUUGAACUCUUUAACAAAAUGCAAAAAUUUGCAUGUUUUAGAUCUAAGUGAUAACAAAUUUGGAGGGGUGUUACCUAAUUCUCUAUUCAACCUCUCAUUCCUUGUGACAUUGAGACUAAAUGCCAAUCGUUUGACUGGAAGCAUUCCUACUGGGAUUAAGAACCUUGUUAACUUGAAUUAG